AUAGCUGCUUCAAAAUAAAGUCGCAGCUAAGGACAGCUACAAAUCUGAUGAUCUGAUCGAUUAUUUCGCUGAUAAGAAAUCGUCUUUUCGUUGAGUGUCAAGAAAUCUCGUCGCUAAACAGGCCAAUAAUUACUCUUCGGACAUUAAAUAUAUAAUUACGGAAAUCCACACGCGCGACAAGCGAUCAAGAGGAGAUAAUUCUAAGAAAUAACGUGCAUCUUUCUUAUUCCAAAUGGCACUGACAGGACCCGACUUGCCGAAAGUUCCGACUAAUUUAAAAUCUAUACAACCAUAUUUAACAGUCGCGACAAAGCACGACCAGCGAGAUAGCGUUGUCAGUUAUUGGUGUCGGCUGUAUGCUCUGCAAACUGGAUUGAAGCUAUCAACCAAGACGUCAGAGGAAACCACUUUUCUGAUGAAGCUAAUGGAUUGGUUAGAAGUGACAAAGAAACAAUUACACGACAACGAAGCUAUUACUAACGAUGUAGCUGCUCAAGCACACGUAGAAAAUUGGGCCUUAAAGCUUUUCUUGUAUGCCGAUAAAAACGAUAGGGCUGCAAACUUUUCUAAGAAUGUAUUACAGAGUUUUUACACUGCUCAGAUAUUGUAUGAUGUAUUGACACUAUUUGGAGAAUUGAGUGUUGAAGCAACGCAGAAUCGGAAGUAUGCUCAAUGGAAAGCCGCUUACCUCCACAAUUGUAUGGUAAAUGGAGAAACUCCAGUGCCUGGGCCAAUGAAAGAAUCAGAUGAUGAAAGUGAUACAGUCAACACAUCGAAUGACAAUGAUGGAGAACCUAAAUCAAAUGUACAGCCUGAAAGUCCUAAGGAUAAUACUUUGCCAGGUGUCCCAGACUUCCCAAGUAUCCCAUCCAUCCCUGCGGAUCCUCCAACUACAAGGACACAAUCAUUUGAGCCAGGAGAUGAUACGUAUAAAACAGAAAGUGGUACCAACUUGUCAGUUGAACAAAUUGCUAAGGCUCAAAAACUUAUCAAAUGGGCGAGUAGUGCUUUGGACUAUGAUGACCUAGCUACUUCUGUAAUGAACCUUCGGAAAGCUCUGCAUCUUUUAACUACUGGUCAGGAAUCUGUGUAGAUGAACAAAUUGGAGAGAAAGCAUGCAUCUUGUAAUUAAUUACAUUAAACUUAUCGCUUGUAUCGUGUAUAAUGGCCAGUAAAAGGUAUUUUACUAAUGUUUCAUAACUUUUACAACCUUGAGUAUAGAUAAUAGAAGAUUAAUAAAAGAAGCAUAUACAGUUAGCUAGUCAAAUUAACCUCGAAUAUAGUGCACUUAUUGAAAAUAGAAUUGUUACAGAUCGUGUUUCCAGACUGUAACUGUUACUAUUCAAGAUGAUAGAUGUGUUACUGUAUAGAAUUUCAUAAUAUUUAUUAAAACCAUUAGAUCUAUGCAUAAAUCCACAAGACUUUGAUUAAUUAAAAUAUUUGUAAAAAUAAGUUGCAACAAUAUAAUUUAUUUAAAAUAGUUUCUAAUAUUUUCAACAACUUUUUACCGAUAUUUUGGUAGCAAGUGAAUGAUACUAGAAGGCAGCAAGUGAAUGAUACUGACUUUGAACUGAGCGAAACUUAACUGUACAAAUUUAUGCAUAGAUCUAAUAUUUACUUAGAGAGUAUUAAUAUUCUUUUUGAUAAAAGUUGUAGCAUCUUGCUACCUCUGUAGAAAGAAACAAAAAUGUUUUCUACAAUUAGAUUUUUACUCACGUUAUUAUUAAUGAAACAUUCUUUAGAGGAAUUAUUGUUAUUUUGUUAAUAAACAACGAAAAUUGAGCACUUAAAUAAAAUAUAAUAUAUAAGUCGAUUAUCUUGAAAAUAGAAAAUCUUGAACAAGAUUGCUUUAAAAUAAAUGACAAAGAAAUGUUUGAGAAAUAA